AUGCGGCGAAGUUCUUCUGCCACUGUGUUUCUAUUUGCCCUUGUGCCAUACACUCUGGCAAAUGGGUUGCAGUAUACUACCACGGCUGUAGCAGUCUUGGCUACGUCUACGAGAGACGAGCAGGCCGUCGUCAUGAGCGCUCUUGCCAUUUGGCGCAGCCUGGGCGCUGUCUUGGGCGUCGCGCUCAGCAGCGUCGUAGUUCAGAAUGCACUCUUGUAUUAUCUCGACAUUUUUGUUCGUGGACCACGCCGAGACGACGUCAUUACAAUUGCGCGAACAUCAGUCCAGAAAAUCGCGGAGCUGGAGCAGCCGUAUCAGGAGCAAGUGGUGCAAAGUUACGACGCUGCACUACGGCUAGCAUUUGGGUCCUGUGUCAUUGCAGCAAUUAUUUCUGCGCUCCUGGUUGUUCGAAUCAAACUGCCACGUUUGGGAUCGUUUACCAAGAGCUAA